CCGCUGCGCCAACCCCCCCUCCUCUCCUUCCUCCCCUCUUCCUUCCUCGGCCGCAGAUGCGCCAGCAUCUCUCCCACCGGCAGCAGGAGCAGGAGGAGCGAGAAGCAGUGACACGGACAGAGAGGGAGCCCCGCACCUACACUAGCUAGCUACCCAGCCACAGCCACCGGCCACUACCACCACCAGUCCACCACCGAUCGAAUCGGGUGCGUGCUGCUCCGGCCGGCCGCUCGCUCGCUCGCUUUAUAAGCCAGCCAUCCAGCUCCGCCCGAUCGCCAUCGCCAUAGCCUCGCCUCCGUCCACGCAAAACCCGGCACACCUCUCCUCCGGCCUCGCGCCACCACACCCGCCGCCCCGCCCGCCGCCGCGCAGGCCGGUUGCUCCGAUUGGGAGUGCCAAUCGGAGCCAACAACAGGGGAAGCACAUGCUGCCGUUCGUCCUAGAGUUCCUCAUUGAUGUCGCCUGUGAUCAGUGAGAUCCUCCUCUCGGGGUUUAUGAUCAACUCCACACUCCGGCGUCGCACCCAUCUCGUCCAGUCUUUCUCCGUCGUCUUCCUCUACUGGUUCUAUGUCUUCUCAUAAACUACUCGCCCUCAUCAUCGCCACGCCUCCUCUCUCCCACUCUCUGCCUUCUUCUUCCUCCUCCUCCCUUUCCAUCUAGUAGCAUCGAUCGUCGUCCUCCUCUUCUGUCCGUGUCAGUCAUCUCUGCCUUCGUCGUCGUCGUCGUCUCUGUUUCAGUCGUUUCCUAAAGCUUUAGCUUGCAUGCACUUCCCUACUGCUGCUAGCAAAGACCUUUAUUACUAGUGUUACAAGUUAUUACAAACAACAAGAAGAAAAAGAAAUCGAGGCCAAGAUAAAAGAGGGCUUCGAUUUCUCUGCUAGUGUGAUCUUGUGUAGUAAUCCAGUGAGGAAGAAGAAAUCAAGAAGCAGAGAGCUGCUCUGUUUUUUUUUCUUGCAAGAAAGGGCGGUUCUUGUCGGACGGAGCACAGGAAGAAGAGAAUGGCUUCCUCCAGCGGGAGCGGGAGCUCGGGCUCUCUGUCGGCGGCGACGGCGGCGCUGGCCGCGGCGGCGGGCACGGAGGAGGAGCUGCGCGCGCUCAUGGAGCAGCGGCGCGCCAAGCGGAUGCUGUCCAACCGCGAGUCCGCGCGGCGGUCGCGGAUGCGCAAGCAGCGCCACCUCGACGAGCUCACCGCGCAGGCCGCGCACCUGCGCCGCGAGAACGCGCACGUCGCCACCGCGCUCGGACUCACCACGCAGGGACUCCUCGCCGUCGACGCCGAGAACGCCGUCCUCCGCACCCAGGCCGCCGAGCUCGCCGCGCGCCUCGGUUCCCUCAACGACAUCCUCGCCUGCAUGAACACCAACGCCGCUGCGGCCGUCGGCGCCGUCGCCGUCUCCGUCUCCCUCACAGCCGCCGCCGCUUCUUCCUCCGACCCCUACCUCGCCUUCGACGGCGCCACCGCCUUGGACGACCUCCUCAGAUCCUGCCCCGAGAAUAUGUACCAGCUCUGCUAGCUCCUAGCUCCAGACUGAAAUCACCAUGGCAGCACAAAGCAUCAAGAGGAGGGAGGGAAAAAAAACAUAUUUUCCUUGUUUUUUGCUUCUGGUGUUUCAGGUUAGUAAUCUGCUAGUGAGAUUGAAGAACUGAGGUCAGAUCAGACGUGGUGGUGAGCCAUGAAACUUACUGUUACUGUACUGUGCUAUCAACUGGUGGGGUAAGCAACUGGGGCACCGCACCUAAUUAGCUAAGCUAGCUGCUGGGGUUAUGGUUAAUGAACUACUACUAAUUACCUUGUGUAAGUGUAACUCGAGGUCUGCUCUUGUCACUGCUUUCAUGUACUGUGUCACUCCACUACUAUGUAAGAAUAGCAGUAACCUUACUAGUAUCUCUGUCAAACAAAGGAAGUGCACCAUAUAAUCUACAGUUUAAUUACUCUACCUGUGCCUUGCAUUAA